CCCUGUAACUUGCCAAAGGUGAGGGCAUGAGGCCUUGUAGAGAGAUCUGGGGAUGCUAUGGGGGGGCAUCCUAAGGGACAACUGGGGGUUGUUGACACAGGGAGACACUGGCUGGAGCUGGAGUGACGCGUUGCUCGGUAACGUAGCAGAUAGGGGGCAUGAGGCCUGGGAUGAUUCACAUGAUGGAGGGGCUCUGGAAUCACUUGAUUUGCAUGAAGACCCUAAUGGAGGGGUUUAUGUAAAGGAUCUGACUUUCCACCAUAUCCAGACAAUUGAGGAGGCCUUUGCGUUCGUGCGUGCUGCGGCGGCGCUGCGUCAGACGAAGGCAACAGCCAUGAACGAUGUUUCUUCCCGCUCUCAUGCUGUUUUCACUCUCAAUGUGGUUCAAUCAGAUUCUAACGGUGGGAACACAGAGAGGACAAGCGGGCGCCUUCAUCUUGUUGAUCUUGCUGGCUCAGAGAGGCUGGGGAAGAGUCAAUCGGAAGGCCAGAGAUUGAAGGAGGCCCAAUUUAUAAACAAGAGCUUGAGUGCGCUGGGAAAAGUGGUGCUCGCCUUAGCACAAGGUCAGGUCGGGGCACACGUGCCCUACAGGGAGACCAAGCUCACACGUGUCCUCAAGGACGGCCUUGCAGCAUCCUCGAGUGAUGGAGGAAUUGUAGCAGCGCUCCCGCCGAAGCGUCCCAAGAGAGUUCGGAAGAACAAGGCGACACAAGAGACAGCAUCGACGGGAACUGGGCAGCAGCCAUGGACGGCUUACAAGAUAACCAAGGAUGUCUAUGACCUUCGUCAAAAGCCAGUGCCGGAGCCCAUGCCGGUGCGCCGGGUACCGAUUGCUGUCCCCGAAUGGGGAGCGAAUUGGAGGGGUUGCCGAGGUGAAAAGUGGUGGUCCAGUGAGGCGCCGCAAAGAUCGUUCCCGCAAGCUGCUGUAGGGACGGAACGGGAGGAGGAGGAGGAGGAGGAGGAGGAGGAGGAGGAGCAGGAGGAGGAGGAGGACGAGGAGGAGAAGACGAAGGAGGAGGAGGGGAAGGACCGUUAAGAGCAGGAGAAAUUGAUUCGCAGACUAUCUCAACAAGUCGAGCAGCUGAAGGCUGAGAUGGAAGUGAGUACCAACCGUCACAAAAAGGAGAUUGCAUCCCUAAACACUGCUAUGAUGGCAGCUAUCUCACCCUCCGUGUCAUCGACAACUGUGAGCAAUGGUUCUGAAAAUCUUCAGGCUCCUCCUGCACCACCAGAGGCUGGACAGCGGCGUGGAAGUGUACCUGGAAGUCUACGCGGUGCCCGAGUCUCCAAGACCGCUCCUCAAAUAGAUCCUAUUGCGAGCAUCAGGCAAAAGUUAGAGGCGAAAAUGGAGAAAAGGGAGGAGCAGUUUCAGAUCUUAAGGGAGCGCGUGCUCCAGGAAGAGAACAGGCACCACAGAGAAGUGCAGGCGCACCGCGAUCGGAUGGCUGAGCAGUCUGCAAGGCAUGAGGAAGAGAAGGCGGCUAUGGUGAAGUUGCACGAGGUGUCGAUGAAGGAGAAGGAUGGGAUCAUCGCAAUGCUACGAAAUCAAGUGAAGGAUUACACCACCAAAAUGUCCAUGCUGAUGCGAGGAGUCCCGGAAGCUAACAAGAAACUUGCCGGGCAAAUCGGGAAGCAGUUUGAGCUUGAGAAGCGUCUGUCCGAUGCAUUUGACAUGAAGUUCAGAAACUCAAUGGAGCACAUGGAAGCUUCCAAGGCGAGGGACAUUGCGAGACUGCAACAAAAAGGGGAGUACUUUCUGCAAAUUAAGUCGGACGAGCUGAACGAGCUUCUUCAGCACUUUUCAGAGUACAAAUGGCAGAAAAAGAAGGAGCUCCAAGACCUGAAGAAAGAGCUCCACUACAUCCAUGAGUACGCACAUAAGAUGGCUGUCGUGCUCUACAAGCUGGACAUGGGGUAAGCAAGAGAGGACUCUCCCCAGCGACAACAGCACCAACGGCGAAAAGAAAAACAAAACCAAAAAACAAACACAAAUGACGAUG